AUGCACGGUAGAGUAAAAGUUCGCACAUCUGAAGAAGAGAAAGCAAGAAAAGAAAAGGAGAGGCAAGAAAAACUAAAAGUUUUUAAAAAUGCAAUGCAAAAAAUACAACUAAAGAGGCAACAAUGUGAAUUUGAUAAAGACUUAUUGGAGCUUACAGGCAAAGUAUUGAUGUCUAAUCCUGAUAUUUACACCUUAUGGAAUAUUAGAAGAGAAAUAUUACAACAGAUUAAAAAUAUUAACACUGAAGACGACCUGACAAAAGUAUUUGAUGAUGAAUUGAGCAUGACUGAGUAUUGUUUAAAAAUUAACCCUAAAUCAUACUGUGCGUGGCACCAAAGGGAAUGGAUGAACGAAAUUUUCAUACCUGGGACUAUCGUAGAAUUUGUUGUAAGUCAGUGCAAAUCUUCAUUGCAGGAUGAAUUUGACUAUACCACAGAGAAAUUACUUGACAAUUUUUCAAAUUAUUCUGCAUGGCAUUAUAGAAGUAAAAUGCUUUUGCAGUUGUAUCCAGACAUCGAAGGAGGACGUCCCAUACAAGAUAUAUAUCAUAAACAUGAAUUAAAAAUGGUUCAAAAUGCAGCUUUUACUGAUCCUGAUGAUACAAGUGCAUGGUUCUAUCAACGUUGGUUAUUAGGUGCAUUUAAAUCAACUGUAAAUCUUGUAUUAUGUACUGUAACACAAUUUAAAACCACAAUUGCAUUUAGCAAACAUGUUUCUUACGAUUACGUCACAUCAAAAUCUCGAGUAAUUGUGAAUGAAAAUGUUAUAAGCGGGGAUUGGAUAUCUUUAAGUGGGAAUAAUCAUGACACUUUAUGGAUACUUGGGCACAAUGUAAGCAUAAAUGAUGAUAUGAAUAUAAAGGUGGAACAUAAUGGGAAUGAAAAGAAUGAAAUCAUUAGUUGUUUUAAAUAUAAACAUAUGACAUAUAUUGGUAAAAGUGACAUAUGCUUUCAAAAUAACUAUUCCCAUCCUAUAAUUGAAGAGUUAAAUGAACAACUAAAAGCAUGCCGUCAAUUGCUUGUUUUGGAACCAGAUAACAAAUGGACUCUUCUCACUACUACUAUAUUUCUACAUUGCAUUGAUUCCAAAUUAUAUUAUCAAGAAACAAUACAAAACUUGCAAAGGUUAAAAAAAUUGGACCAACAAAGGGCUGGAUACUAUAAUGAUUUGCUAACGAAGUGGAGUAUUGAAGAGCAAUUGCCCUUAGAUUAUGCUUCUAAAGAUCUUGUCUUUAAACCAACAUUUUCAGAAAAAAUAACAAUCCUGCCCCAUUUACAGUAUUACAGUUUCUGUGAAGUUGUUGACUUGUCAAAUCAAAACUUGUGUUCGAACAUAUUACCAUCUUUAAUUUUUCUUCAACAUUGUAAGAUUUUAAUAUUGAGAAACAACAAAUUGCAUACAUUAAAAGGAUUUCCAAAUAUUUUUCUAGAAAAAUUGGAUAUUCAAGGAAAUAAAGACAUAAGUGAAGAAGAACUGAAGCAUUUUAAAGAUAGUCAUGAUUUUGUUACUAUAUUU